UGUUCUCCUGGUCACCGUCUGUUCCCGGCCGGUCUCAACAGUGACAGGCGUCUCCCGCAUCCGAAAGAGGUCAAAAAUGGGAAGCGCAAGGCUUUCUAGGUGAUGUCCAUGCCAAGAACUUUCAUUAUUGAGGUUCCUCAGUGCUGAACUAACAAGAGGGUACUUCCUCGAACAUAACGAGGCCAAGUAUACAGAGCGAAGAGAAAGAGUGUACACUUGUAUGCGAAUACCAAGAGAAUUGGAAAAGCUCAUGUUUUUUGGAAUCUUCCUGUGCCUCGAUGCCUUUCUGUAUGUGUUCACCCUGCUUCCUUUAAGAGUCUUCCUGGCGCUGUUCAGGCUCUUCACUCUGCCUUGCUAUGGCCUGCGGGACAGACGUUUGCUUCAACCUGCGCAGGUGUGUGACAUUUUGAAGGGUGUCAUCUUGAUAAUGUGCUAUUUUAUGAUGCACUAUGUUGACUACUCCAUGAUGUACCACCUGAUAAGAGGGCAGUCUGUCAUCAAGCUCUACAUCAUCUACAACAUGCUGGAGGUAGCUGACCGUCUGUUCUCCUCGUUUGGACAAGAUAUCUUAGAUGCUCUCUACUGGACAGCCACAGAGCCUAAAGAAAGAAAAAGAGCACACAUCGGAGUUAUCCCUCACUUUUUCAUGGCUGUUCUCUAUGUCUUUCUACAUGCAAUUCUCAUAAUGGUUCAAGCAACGACACUCAAUGUGGCUUUCAACUCACACAACAAGUCACUGCUUACUAUCAUGAUGUCCAACAAUUUUGUUGAAAUUAAAGGAAGUGUUUUCAAGAAGUUUGAAAAGAACAAUCUCUUUCAGAUGUCAAAUAGUGAUAUUAAGGAACGAUUCACAAAUUAUGUACUCUUGCUAAUAGUGUGCUUAAGAAACAUGGAACAGUUUUCUUGGAAUCCAGAUCAUCUUUGGGUCUUGUUUCCUGAUGUCUGCAUGGUGAUCGCAUCAGAAAUUGCUGUGGAUAUUGUAAAGCACGCCUUUAUCACCAAAUUCAAUGACAUCACUGCAGAUGUCUACAGUGAAUAUAGAGCCAGCCUUGCUUUUGACCUUGUUAGCAGCCGGCAGAAAAAUGCAUAUACAGACUACAGUGACUCCGUAGCACGGAGGAUGGGAUUUAUUCCUCUCCCGCUAGCUGUCUUACUCAUCAGAGUUGUAACAAGCUCAAUUAAAGUGCAAGGAAUCCUGUCGUAUGCCUGUGUCAUACUCUUCUAUUUUGGGUUGAUCUCCCUGAAAGUACUUAACAGCAUUGUGCUGUUGGGCAAGUCAUGUCAAUAUGUGAAGGAAGCCAAGAUGGAAGAGAAGCUGUUUAAUCCUCCCCCAGCCAGCACUCCCAGCAAACCCUCCAGUAAAUCCCAGAACAAGGGCAAGUCCUCUCAAGGCCUUUCCACAGAAGAGAACCUGCCCACUUCCACCACCAGCCAGCCUGUCCAUCAGAAAGAAAACAUCAUACCCUUACUUGUGACCAGCAAUUCUGAUCAAUUUCUGACAACCCCAGAUGGCGAUGAGAAGGACAUAACACAGGAGAACUCUGAAUUAAAACACAGAUCCUCAAAGAAAGAUUUGCUAGAAAUAGACAGGUUCACAAUCUGUGGGAAUCGGAUUGACUGAGGUUGUAGCUGAUGAGGUGAAGAUGCCGGGCCCUGGGACCACAAAUGCUGGUCCGCCAGGACACACUUGCUAAAAAUGGCACUUAAAUAUUUAUUUAAAAACUUAAAUUAUUAAUGGCAAGCAAAUCUUAGUAUCUUUCUUCCAGUAAUGUGGCCUGACAAAAGGGCAGAUCACGGAACAGCGCCGGCUCCUGGCCUCGACUGGAAUGCUGGUGGAAGAUGAAUACUUCCUCCUGCUUGGCCAACAGCAGCGGCACUGCUGGCACCGAGCCAGAGAGCACUGCAGGAGCCCCUUUGUCUCGUCAGCCUGGGCUUCCUGAAUGGUGGAUUUUCCUCAAGGCCUCUUCAGUAUAAGGACAUACCUGGGAAACUGUGAAGCUUUUACCGUGGUUAUCUUUCUGGCCUCAUACAGCUUCACAAACUCUCCAAACUUGACUUCACCUGCCAAAGCACUAAAAAAAAAUUAUUAAAUAUAAGUCCAGAUAAAUGUUCUUACCACCAGAGUCAUCCUUGGCAAUACAUCUGAACUAAUAAGCAAAAUAAAAGGCUACAUAAAUACAUGGUGAAUAACAGCAUCUUAUAGGAAACAGAGCUGUCCCAUUCGUUUACUUCAUGAAGGUCAUGUGUCAUGUGUAGCAGUGUGAGCUGUAUGGUAACUAAUGACAGUGACACAGUAAAAGGCAGUCUGUAAUGCACGCACAGAGCAGUGUCACCUGUGAGGUGCAGUUACCCGCUUUCAUUUUAAAGCUGCAUCAGUUA